GACCCAGACUGCGAAGAUGACUACGAAGGGGAGGAUGACGAGGGCGGCGAAGACGACGCAGGGGGUGUGGGUGAGAUUGAUGCGGCCGCGCCCGCGGCGCCGGUGGUUGACCUCACCACAGAGAUGGAUGUGAAGGAGGAGUUGAUGGAUGCGACCGAGCAGGAGCCGUUGGGUGAGACAGAGGCAUCAAAGCCUUUGGUGGAGAGGCGUGAGACAAAGGCAUCAGAGCCUUUGGUGGAGCGGGAUGAGACAGAGGCAUCGGAGCCUUUGGUGGAGCGGGAUGAGACAGGGGCAUCAGAGCCUUUGGUGGAGACAGAGGCAUCAGAGCCUUUGGUGGAGAGGGGUGAGAAAGAGGCAUUAGAGCCUUCAGAGCCUUUGCCAGCUGAUGCGACAGUGCCGCCACAGCCCAGUCUGCCGAGAAGCCACUACAAGAUGGUCGAGGUUCAGGACAAGUUGGCGGCCGCUAAGGACAGGUUGGAGAAGCUAAAGCAGAAGAAACGCCUUCUGGAGUCGGGUGGCCCUUCCUGUGAGAAUAUCAAGAAGCCCAAGAAUCACCCAGGACGUACGGAUACCUUGGAGACCCAGCCGGUUGACAUCAUGGCAGUGCCCACCCCUGAUGCUUCCUUGCUGGACCCAGUCCUGCCGAGUGGUAGCGAUGCCACCAAGAAGCUUGCAGACGUCAAACGCAGGAAGAAGCAGCCCCCAUCCGAUCCGCCUUCCACACCCUCGUCUGCAUCCAAGGGUGAAAAGGAGGCUUUUACACCGGAGGAGGAGGUGGCCAAAACCCACGAGAUCCUGUUGAAGAUCGACCAGAAUGCUGGCAAGCGUCGGCGAAAGGAUCGCCGCAAGAAGGCGGCUGAGGACGAGGGUGCUGAUGCUGAUGGUCAUGAUUCCCAUGGUGAGCGAUCGAAAGAGAAGACGCUUAAGAGGCGCGUGAGCAAGCGUCGCCUGGUCAUGAAGCGCAAGAACUCUAAGCGAUCAAGAUCUUUCGAGGACGAGGGUUCCCCAUCGCCGGAACCGGUCGUGGAGGAGCCACAGGCUGCAGCCCCGAAGCCCAGGGUUCGGGUUACAGGGAAAAAGGUGCCGACGGCAGAGGACCCAACGGCCCCAGCUCCGAAGUCAGCUCCGAAGUGCAAGGCCAAAUCGAAAGCCAAGCCUGUCCCGAAGUCAGCGCCGAAGGCCAAAGCCAAGGCUGCACGGAAGGCGGUGUGUGCAGAGGACGAGGAGGGCUCAAAGGCCCCAGCUCCAAAGCCAGAUGCGAAACGCAAGUCAGCUCUGAAGGUCAAGGGCAAAAGCAGUGCCAAGCCUGCUGUGGAGAGCGCCGAGCCCAAGGAGACUGGCAAUGUUUCGAAGCCUAGGGCAAAGGCCAAGGCCGGUAGCCUUCGCCCAUCGGUUUCGAAUGAUUUCGAGCUUGACGAGCACUUGAUGGAGCGCUUUGUGGCCUACGGAGGGCAGUGCCAUGGCGAGGAGGACAAGUUCAGUCUUGAAACCAAGAAGCGGCUAAGGGCAUGCCUUUCCACUUUCGAGCACUCCACCUUGAUCAUCUACUGGACUCGGCCCGCCGUUGCCCUCAAGUUUCGGAAGCACGAUCGCACCAAGGACUACUUUUACAAUGCGUUCCCCUGUCCCGAGGGUGUCUGCUAUCGCAUCCACAUGCUUGUGUCCAUCCAAGCAGAGUUCCUUGACAUGCUCCUCGCGGACAAACCUGUGGAAUCCUGGCCGGGGUUCGAGGAGAAAGGCAUGGCCGUUCUCUUGGACGAUGAGCAGGUGGCUUUGCACUACGACCAGGUCGUGCAGCACGGACGAGAGGCCAUGCAGGUCCUCUUGGAGGAGGACGCAGAAGCAGAGGACUGA